AUGGCGUCAAGCAAGGAUACCGUUAUUCUCCCAGCACCGGCCCACGAUCAAACCUACGUUACCAUCUCGGCCCUCGAAGCCGGCCAGCUUACCCUUCCCGAGAGACUCUUCGUCACAGAUGCCGACCCAGAAAGACGUGCGACAGUCCCAUCUCUCUCUUUCCUGAUUCGACACGGUUCAUCCAAUCUUGUCUUCGAUCUCGGUCUCAAACGCGACUUUUCUGGCUACCGGGAAGCACAACAGCGUCAUAUCGCGCAACGCCAGCCUACCAGUGUCAGUCCGGAUGCAGCUGAGAGCCUGCGAAGAGGUGGACUUGACCCAAAAAGUGUGGACGUGGUGAUGCUGAGCCAUGUUCACUGGGACCAUGUGGGUACACCCAGCGAUUUCACAAACGCGCGAUUUGUAGUCGGAAGUGGAACUAUGCAUCUUCUUGUGAACGGAGGUGGACCACUGUAUCCAGCCGAGAUAUUCAACCCUGAUGAGCUGCCUGCCGACCGAACGAGUGAGCUACCACCUGUUCGCAAGGCAGAAGUUCUACGCGCGUUCAAGAACCAGUUAAAAGAACUUGAGUGGAAGCCAUUGGCAGGGUUUCCCGCCUCCAUAGACUUCUAUGGAGACGGAUCAUUAUUCAUCAUCGAUGCGCCAGGGCACUUGUUCGGACACAUCAACCUUCUCGCCCGAAUAGGGCCAAAGAAAUGGGUAUACCUCGGUGGCGACUGUUGCCAUGACCCGCGCAUCUUGACCGGUGAGAAGGGUAUCGCGCUCUACGACGACGGGAAAGGUGGUUUGAGAAGUGUGCACGCUGACACUGAUGCUGCAGCCGCUACCGUACAAACGAUAGCAAGGCUCUUGAAGCAAGGGACUGUUCGUGAAGAAGAUGGAGGCCCUGUAGAAGUAGAGGUGAUUGUAGCGCACGAUGGAAGUUGGGCGCGGGCGAAUAGGGCGGCGUUUUGGCCCGGGCAUCUUUGA